GCUUCCUUCUACCUCUAUACUUCCACCUCAGGAUCAUCAACGACUUUUUACCUACCUACGACAUCGAAAUAGGUCACCUCACAAACCGACACUCGUUCACCAAUAUUCAGUCGCAACAUAGUGGCCCCAAGAACCACACGAUUCGACUAUCCCCCCGGUCCAGUUUCGAAUUUCUCAGGCCCACUGCUUCGGCAAAUCAGGCUGCGCAUGACAGCAAUAUCACCAUCACCAAACCACCAGUGUCCGCUGUGACGGAGCAGUGAGCAUCGACUCGUUGUUUGCUACCUGUUCCUAAACCGGCCUCGAUCCCUGGACUCUUUCUCCCGUUCCGGAACAUCCCACACCCACAGUCGACAUGAUGGCAAAGCAAGCACGCUAUGGGGCGGCCGAGCCGCUUCAAAUCUACCAGGACGACUUGUAUGACCAGACAACACCCGUUAUCAGUCAGGCCCCGAUGCCUCUCGCAGCAAAACCACCUCGUCGCCCUCUUCAGCCUGCCAACAGCAACAGCGUCAUGCUUAAACCACCAAGUGCCAUGGCGCCUCUGCAGAAAUCACCCUUGAAGCCAGCAAACGCACGGAUAUCUGAUUCUUCCUCUGCCCCGACCAAGCCCUCUCAGGCUCAGAAGAAGCUCAACAACGUACAGAUGCCUCCACCUGGUACUCUGGCCCCGUCAACCGAUUCACUGCAGAAGAAACCCCCCAUGUCCCGGUUCAAGACCGUUGCUCAGAAGCCUCCGGCGCAGGAUCUCACCAACCUUCAGUUUGUAGAUCAGAGCCCGCAAACGACCAUCUUCCCAGCGCCGACUCAGUUCAGCCUACCUCUCGAGAACUUCUAUCAGAAACCUUCCGGGAAACGAGUGCUGACUGAUUCACCCACAUCCGAUAAGGAAUCAAGGCCGGCGAAGAAACAGAAUACUGGCGAGCCUAUACCGAUACCAGAUCCCGGCUCGUUUCCUCCAAUAAUAGACGAUGGAACAAAACCUCAUCACAGUUAUGCAACGCUUAUCGGGAUGGCCAUUCUACGCUCACCACAACGGCGCCUCACGCUAUCUCAGAUAUACAAGUGGAUCGCCGAGACCUUCACCUUCUACCAACUCUCAGAUUCCGGGUGGCAGAACAGCAUUCGACACAACCUCAGUCUGAACAAGCAUUUCAUCAAGCAGGAGCGACCAAAGGACGACCCGGGCAAGGGAAACUACUGGGCCAUCGAACCGGGGGCUGAGCAGUUCUUCAUGAAGGAGAAGCCGUCGAGAAAAGCGCCACCUUCGGCCGAGAACCUCCCAGUUAUGUCUACACGCCUCGAGCCAUCUCAGCCACUCGGAGUUCAACCACAAGGACCCAAAUCUCAGUCAUCCAAACCUCAACCGCAGCUACUACAGGCACCACCACCACUACCUCAGCCACCUCAGGCACCCCUGCCAGAAGAACCUGUCCUACUACCGCAGCCCCCCACAACACAAGCUCAACUGGCCCCUCAUCCGUCGUCAUCACAGGCCACAUUGAUGCCUCUUCUUCCAGAGCUAUCGUCAGACGCCACGAUUCCCGCAUCCGAGAUCGGGUCGGUGGAGGAUGUCACAUAUCAAGGGUUUGAGCAUGGAGUUUCUAAUGACUCCAACUUGUACUCGCCCCUUCCUGCAAUUGUACAAUCCUCGCCGCCAGUUCCCAAGCACAUAGAGGCCCGGCACAGCACAACGCCUCCCCAACCGCGGACCAAAGGACGCCGCAAGAGAUGGACCACCUCGAUGGACGAUAGUGGGUAUAUUUCCUCGCUUGAUUCUUCAAUCUUGCGCCCUAGUCAGCAUUCCAACCUGCUUCACUCUGCAGAUCGUUCGCAUCUCAGUACGGGUCGGGCGGAGGAGGAGAUCGCUCGCCUUCGAACAUCAUCAUACGAUAGCCCAUCAAAGGGCCGCUCGUACGGCUAUGCUCCCCCUUCUUCUCCGCUACGUCAAGCUUCGGCCACCCAGUCUGGCCAAAUGCUUCCGCCUCUAACACCGGCAAUGAAGCUCAAGGCACCACCUAUGCCUCCACCAUCGGUAUCCCCUACUACCAACCUUCGCUUACACCGCGAGAGCGUCCAGUCAAUGGUUGACGCUACUUAUCAACGUGUAGCCGCCUUGCUGCCUGAAGAUGACUCCCUUCUACAACUUACACCCAACCCCAAUUUUACCCUUGAUGACAUGCUGUAUGGAUUCGAGCGCGGGACAGAUAACGUCACUUCUGAGAUCGAUAUCUUCCAGGACAGCCCCUUUGGGUACUACAACUUCGGAGUCUCGCCCGCUAUCAACCAGUACAACGGUUCUCCGAUCAAGCAGUCAGCAAGACGGCAGCGGCCUGAAAGGUCGCAAUCGACCGGUGCGCUUACCGAGAUGACAAACUUCUCUCGCGGCAACGGUAAUGACGCGGCUUCUUUCCUCAAAGUGCCUUCUCAGCCAGUUGACCUGAACACUGGGACGCCGAGCAAAGUGUUUGAGGGGCUGCCCUCUUCACCCAGCAAGGUAUUCCUGGAGUCUCCGUGUAAGAUCAACCCUAUGAGCAACCAUAACCUCGAGAACCUGGAGCCGUGGAUGACGAUGAACGAUCUCUGCGGUCCCGACUUCCUAGAAGAUAACGACUUUUCCGGAAUCGACAUGCUUGCUGGAUUCGAGAAGAUUGGCUCGACUCCUGCUAAUACUUCGAGGCCCAUCAACAAUGCACCUACGAUAGCAGGCCCUCCCCCGAGGCAGUCUUAUAGUCGCUGCUACAGCAACAUCUUCUAACUCGCAUAUUCAUAUUUGCUGUUUUGCUGGAUAUCAGCCUUGAAUAGCGCCGAUUGGGUUUAGCACGGCAUAAUGACGACUACUACCACG